UAAUUUCAUUGGCAGGGGGACAGAUCAUUGAUCCUAACACACUGAUGGAAUCAUCCUUCCCUCCAGCCAGACCUUCGGUUAACAAUAUCAAUUCAGCCUGUCUUUAUGGAAAUGGUCGUCCCAGAUAUCCUGCCUUCUGUUUCCCUCCAUCAGGUUACGCUUACGCUCAACGCGCUGGAAAAGCAAUAAACAGAAUAGAGUCGUGGUUGGGUCAGUGCUGUUAUGGAGGUUUGACCACUGGAAAUGGACAGACCCUUUGCUGUGCGAAACAGGCGUGGGAAACUGCCUUGUCCUAUUUCUGUAUUGAGGAAUAUUCCACUAUGACUUUGGUCCAUGAGUGCUGUGAGAAGAAAGGAGAAGAAAGGUGGAACUGCUUUGAAAGACGGGCUCCUAACCCUUCCUACCAACCCCUGUGUGGGUACAUUGCUCCCAUGAUACCACCUGACAUGAAUUUCAACUGGGACCCCAAAACCUGUUAAAGGUCUUACUACCUGAUGUUUUUAUUUAAUUUAGCAACACACAACCUGAUUAAAGUCAGUUAAUCUACUGUGAAUCACAAGAGUCAGAUGUAUCAUUCUUUUCAUGUAAUUUAAUUGUGCUCAUUCUUCUAGAAUAGCUGUGUAUCAAUACUUUUAUUUUCACAUGUAUUAUUUUACAAUACUCAUCACAGUUGAAGUUCAAGACAAAGUGCACUGAGUGAAGUCAGUUUAUUUUCAAUGUGGCAAAAGGAUUGAAAGGAUUGUUUGUCAUUUGAUUUUUCCUUCGAGAAAAUAAUGGUUGCUUCUAAGUUAUAUAAGAUAUUUCAUGUCACAUUGUUUGCAUGGCAGAUGCAUUUGUGGAAAAAUUUUAUGAAUAAAUCACAUAUCAUAAAUA